UCACCAGUCCCUUCAACCACUUCUCUAAACAACACCAUUAAUCCAAACAAGACUUACAUAACUGGAGCUCCGUGUGAAUUUAGAGAAGUUUGGGUCUCAACCCACCCUGCUUUCAUAUUUGCAUACUCAUUGGUGUUUCUUAUCAGUCUGGUGCUGAACUGCAUCACGAUGAGAGUUUAUUUCUGCACCAAACAGCGUGUCCAGUCCAGUGUCACCAUCUACCUGAAGAACCUAGCUGCGGCUGACUUCUUCCUUUGCCUUUCCUUACCUUUGCGGAUUGCUAACAAUGUGACCUUUUCAAUGACACUGCGGAUCAUAUACUGCAGCUUUGGAGCAACAGCCUUUUAUUUAAACACGUAUGCAAGUAUUCUCUUCAUGGACUUUAUUGCGGCAAACAGGUACCUCAAAAUUGUCCGGCCAUUGGAAACAAAUGCCCUUCAGACGGUUCGUACUGCCCACCUGAUAUCCAUAGCUACAUGGUCCUCCUUGGUAACCAUCGGGUCCAUCUACUUGAUCCCAUUCCUUCAGAUUUCCUGGGAUCACAACCAAAGCUCUGAAGAUAUUAGUUGUGAGUCCCUACAUAGUACUCAACAUAGCUUGGCCUACAAAAUCAUCCAUUGUGCGUCCAUUGCGCUCUUCAUGUUUGUGCUGUUUUCUCUGGUUUUUCUGUAUUGGAAAACUUUGCGAAAGAUCAGAAAAGCUCAAUUCUCUACACAGGCCACAUCAAACAGCCAAACCUUUAACAAGUCUAAGCGUAACAUGCUCAUUCUAGUGGUGAUUUUCUGUGUGUGUUUUGUGCCCUAUCAUCUGGUGAGGCUCCCUUACGUUUUCAUCAGCGACUGUACAAUGGUUCAGGCAUUUAGCAUCCUAAAGGAGCUGACUGUUCUGCUUUCAGUGCUAAAUGUCUGUUUUGAUCCACUUAUAUACUUUAUUUUCUGCAAGACCUUCAGAGCCCAGCUUGGCUUUGGAAAGAAGAAGAAAUUAUUGCCAAGGACUGUCAGUUUGACACCUUAAUUCAGUGCUAUUUAUCACAAAAAAAGUUAAAUCUUUGUAAUGUAAUCAUUCCUGCUUAGUUGUACAUAAAUUCUAAGUACAUAAGUUCUGUCCUGACCAGAAGGAAAGUUUAUGUGUUAUACAACUCAAGUGUUUACUAACUAAAUAUUAUUAACCUGAACCUCAUCGCCACACAUCAAACAAAAUGGAUGAAGUGUGCACCACUUGAAUAAUAUAUAUUGACAGAGAUAAAUUUAUCAAGGCAUUACUAGUACUACUGGUAAAUUGCAUUAAUAAAGAACUGUUUUUAACAUAGACACUUAAAGUGUUAAUUCACUCAAGAAUGAAAAUUUUGCAUUAAUUACUCAUUUAACCCUCAUAUACACCCGUAAGAGCUUUGUUUAUCUUUCUGAGCCCCAUAUGCCCAGAAGAGGAAGUGAAGACAUUGUUAAAAUAGUUAAUGUGACUACAGUGGUUUAAUCUGGUGACAAGAAUAACAUUUGAGCUCAAAGUCAGUUUCUUAUAUGUAUUCAUGAAAGCAGAAUAUGCAUGAACACAUCAUUCUUAUAAUGUUUAUUAUUUCAGUUUUAGUUACGUCUUUGUUUGUUUGAUGAUAUUUGUGUGUUGUCCUCAUUGAUUUACCUGAUUCUGUGCUAAAAUAUUUACAUUAAAGCAGCUUUACAACAAUCUACAUUUUAAAAAGCGCUAUAGAAAUACAGAAAUAAACAUACUGUACUGUUAUAGCUAGACAACUUUUGUCAUUUUCACAUACUGUAUCUCAUAAUCCUAGGAAGAUGGCUCCCCCUUUUGGGGCUUUAUUAUAAAAUUAAAACAUAAUGUUCUGUGUUGGUAAUAUAAAACAUGUUUUGUUAAUACCAUUGUAGAAAUAAAAAUG